CCGCCAAAAUCCAGCAUGAUCAUACCAAUAAAAAAAAAUGGUGAACUUGAAGAAUGGGCAAUUGUUGAGUUGCAAGGGGAUUUAAAAUUUGAUUCUGCGGAUAUCACGAAUAAGUAUAUCGGAGACUUACAUUUUUCAAAAUCUGGUGUACCUAUAUUUAUAAUUGGCAUUCAUGUUCUUCAUGGAAAAGAAAUGGUACUGCCAAAACCAUUAGCGGUCUUAGUUAAAAAACAUAAUGAAGAAGCCAAUACAACUAAUUCUGAGAUAAAAACGGAAUACGUUAUUAAAGCAAUUGUAAAAAAGAAAUUACUUUUUAGAUUGAGACCAAAACCUAUUGUAACAAAUGUUCCAAAGCCUAAGAUUAUAUAA